AUUCUAUUUGAUGAGGCUGACAAUCCUUGUCUUUCUUGUUUCGGCCUUGUGAAAAAUCAUAGGAAUGGUAGAUAUUAUUGUUCUCCUUACAUGCCUCCAGAAUGCAGAAGUGGAUUGAUCACUCCUAAAAGCAUGAUAUUUGGCUUGGGUUAUAUGAUACGAGAUCUAGUGAGUGGAAGGCAAAUUCCACAAGACCAUGAAAUGUUAGAGAUGGUAGUAGGUAAACAAAUCCCUAUCCGUCCGGAUUCUCGUUUGAAGGGUGAAUAUUCUGCUGAAGAUGCAACUGCUUUGUUGGAACUUGCAUCUCAAUGUAUGCGACAUAAGCCUAAUGACCGACCCACUAUAAAAGAUGUUAUUGCAACCCUUGCACAAGUUCAAAGCAAUGCUGCGGGACCAUCUGAUGCAGGAGACUCAGAAGGUACUUGACUGUUCUCCACACAAGGUGUAUAACAUCAUGUUCCCACAUUUGCCAAAAGC